AUGGGGACAUGGGAGCUGCCUCCAAUAUCUUCAGUUUUGUUUUCAAGGGUUCAGCACCAGGCACCUGCAUGCCGGUCACUUGCAGUUUUUGAUCACGAAAACAGCAGCCAAAUUCAGCUUUCUGGAAAGGAUAUGAAGGCUCCAGGGGAAGAGAAAAUUGUUGUGCAACGCAAUUUCAGGGUUGAAUAUGGUGAAAAGACAAUUCAUGGUGCAAAUACUAUGAAGCUAAAGAAUCAGAAGGCCUACAUAGUUAAGGAAGCUGAAGACAUCAAAGGCAACGAAGUCAAGAUGACACAUUUUGGGAAGAUUUUUGAGGACGCUGCUGAAAAAAAGGAAUGGAAGAGAGAAGGGCAAUUGACACUGGAAUCUCCCUCGAAGAAAGCCAAGAAAAAUACGAUAUUCAAGAAAAGUGAUACUAUAGAGGACAUAGUGGUGAUGGACUACGCACAACCACGUCGUAAACCACCUAUUCAUAACAAAGAACCCUAG